AUGUCGGCCCCUAGCAGUCCGUCGAAAAGAUCGUCACUGCCUAUGAUUGGCGGUGAAGUCAGUAAUCGUCAAACUAAAAACAGGGUUUUUGUCAACCGAUCGGUUAAUAUGGAGAAGAUCAAGAUCUUCGGCUUCGACAUGGAUUACACCCUCGCUGUCUACAAAUCCCCUCAGUACGAAAAGCUCGGAUACGAUCUCAUCAUCGACCACUUGAUCAAACAGGGCUAUCCUGCAAAACUAGCCAACUACUCUUACGAUUCUUCAUUCGUCGUCCGAGGACUCCUUUUUGAUCGAAAAAUGGGAACUCUUUUGAAAAUUGACGGUUUUGGAAACAUUCUUGUCGCCUGGCACGGUUUCUCCCCACUGUCUUACGACAAACUUCGGGACUGCUAUCCCAACAAGUUCAUCAACAAGGAUGACAGCGGUCGAUUCUUCGUCUACAAUACGCUCUUCAACCUUCCAGAAAUCUACGUCAUGGCGGUUAUGAUCGACAUGUACCAGAAACUCGAAGACUACGACCAAACCGAGAAAGGAUUCAAACAUCGACAGGAGCAAAUUGAAAUCACAUACAAUCUUAUUUUCAACGAUGUCCGAGAGGCGGUCGAUUAUGUGCAUAUUUAUGGAGAUUUGAAGCCGAAGACUGUUGCGAACUUGGCGAAAUAUGUCGUUAGGGAUGCAAAGCUGCCACUUUUGCUCAACAGAAUGCGGGAAAAUAAUGACAAGAAGGUUUUCCUCGCCACGAACUCUGAUUACGAAUACACCAACAAAGUGAUGACUUAUUUGUUCGACUUUCCACACGGCCCAGAGGAUUCUUCAAAGCCCGGAACUCCCCAUCGCGACUGGAAAUCGUACUUUGAUCUGAUCAUUGUUGACUCUCGAAAGCCAAAGUUCUUUGCCGAUGGAACCCCACUUCGACAAAUCGAUCUUAAAACUGGAAAAGUCAAAAUUGGCCGAAGCACUGGUCCAGUUGAAGAAGGAAAUGUCUACUCUGGUGGUUCUUCUGACGCUGUGACGAAGCUUUUCGACGCAAAAGGAAAGGACAUUAUGUACAUCGGAGACCACAUUUUCGGCGAUAUCCUCAAGUCAAAGAAGGAAAACGGAUGGCGAACAUUUUUGGUGGUUCCCGAAUUGUCCCAGGAAUUGCACAUUUGGUCGGAUAAACGAGACUUGUAUGAGAAAAUCAGAGCGCUUGACGAUGUCAUCAGCGAGGCUUACCAAAACCUCGAUUCCAGCUCGAAGGAUGCAGUAGAUCUUCGAAAAGUCAAGAAAAACUUCCGAGAGACCGUCCACGAAAUGGACAUGAACUUUGGCAUGUUUGGCUCAAUGUUCCGCUCCGGCUCGCGACAGACGAUGUUUGCGACGCAGACCAUGCGAUUUGGCGAUCUGUACGCUUCAUCCUUCAUCAACUUGUUCUACUAUCCCUUGAACUACCUCUUCCGGGCGCCGCAUAUUUUGAUGCCGCACGAGACUUGUGUGGAAUCUGUCGAGACAGCGUUCUUGGUCGACCAAGAAGAGGAAUCUUCGCUCUCCACUAGAGGUGUCAUCAAGCCCUCUGCAGAAGAUCGACGAAAACAGGAUCGACUUGAAGAGCUCGAAUCAGACGCCGAGUCAGAGUACGAACCCGACCCCUCCGAACUGGUCUACCCCAACGUCCCCACCGCCAUCACCCACAAUCACGACAACGACGAAGACUCCGACAGUGACGACGCUCAGACUGAGACCGUCACCGAGUAA